AUGCACAGUCCAAUCAAACUAGCCUUCCUCUUCUUAUCCCUCACCGCAAUCGCAACCGCUAUUCCAGUCAAACGCACCAACUACCUCUUCACAACGCACGCGAAAGCAGUCUCGGGAAUAUGCACCGUGAUCCAAUCAAACACGAGCCUAUGCUGCAAAACCCUUAAACACGUUCCCACCGAUGACCCCAUCGAGCUUAUCCGAGCGUUAGCGGCUGCGGCUGAAACCUCCGUCAAAUCUAGCGUCACGUUCCUCUCCCAAAUCAAACCAAAACACAAAUCAAACGCAGUCGCAACCGCCGCGGUCGACAGCUGCGAGAAAAACCUCAACUACGCGUUGGAAGAUUUCGCCGAUUUUUGGAAAGCUACGGGAAAAGAUGUGAACACGUUGGCACACAACUAUUUCGUGUGCAAGAAGACGUUGAUGUCGAUCAUGGGGUACCAUUCGACAUGUUUGGACGAUAUUGAAGAUAAGGGUUUGUUGAAGGAAGUGGAGCUUGGGAUUGGUGUUGGGAAGAACCUAAGCAGUGAUUCGUUUGAUGUGUUUAAUGGUUUGAAUACUAUUUUCAAGACUUUCGGUAUUAAGGUGAAGCUUAACGGAGAAGACACAUCGCCACGACCGCCACCAUUGUCGGAUUAUUAUUUCUGA